CUGACUUUUUAAAUGUAAUAAACCAGUGAACCUAUAUAUUUGAAACGGCAACAUUUAAAUUGAUUACGAUUUUGAAAUCGUAAAACAUUAAGGGCUUAAUACGAGAUUUCUCUUUCCUCUACCGACACGCUGGUCAUGGGAUGCUGUAGUCGUGCCUCCGGAUGGUCGAAAAUAGGACUUCUCUGUGCCGUGUGUGCAUUUGGGCUCCAGGCAUCUGGUUAUGUAACAAAUAAUUGGAUGGUAUAUAAUACAGUACUAGAUCUUAAUGAUCUUCGUGUUGGAUUAUGGUGGUUUACCAACUGUUCGGCUGAUAUAAGUUGUUUUUCAGUGCUUACACCGUCUUCCUAUAAAUCGUUAACAUUCACAUUGACGUUAGGAUUUGAAGGUGGUUGUGCUGGAUUGCUACUGGUAGCGAUGAUCAUGUACUGUUGUUAUGUCGCGGCAGAUUGUAGUAGAAGGCAUGGAAUGGCAGCUGCCAUUAUUAUAUUUCUUGCCUUAGCAGUGAGUAGUUCAGCAGCUGGAUUGGUACUAUGGAUCUUACAGAUAGAUUUCCCUUAUUAUGUUGCAUGGUCAGCUGGACUUUCAAUUGUAGCUACUGCAUUCGCACUCAUAGCAAUGCUUUGCUUAAUUCCAGAUCUUAAAGAAUAUCCAUAUGAAAAGUUACAUAAGAGGGGGCCAUCAGACAGUAAACGUCCUCUUGAAAAACAGACUGUGUACACGAAACAUGGUUCGGACAAAAAGAAGGGCAGCUCCCUUGGCACUGAUUAUACACAGCGUAAUUCCUAUGCAGACGUGAAAAGCAGUCGGGACUUUGGAUACGAUUAUGGUGCACGUGACCCAUAUGCCAAAAAUAAGAAUUUUCUUGAAAAUGAUGACAGAUUUUCACUUCAUGUUGUUACACCAUCAAGGCCUCCAAGAGCUGACUUCUUUACAAGUAAAGGAAUGCAUAAAUAUUGACCUCUUACAAAUAAAGUUUAUUGGUUGUUAAAAAGAUGUUUUGAACAAAUACAAUUAUGUAAAGAUACAAUUGUUAUAAUGAUGAAAAUUGAAAUUUGAUAAACAUGCUACUAUUCCCUGUAACAAUAUCUCCGAAUCUAUUGUUAUGUUUAAACAUUGAGUUUUGAUAGAUUGACUGUAUGAACAUUCUAACACGUUUAAAUGAAAUAAACACGUCAAAUAAA